AUGCUAGAAGUAAUAGCCACUCUGGAUCGUGAAGUGGCUAUUUAUCUGGCUGGAGAAACGAUCAGAGUCACAGUUACUGUGAGCAAUUUGUCUCGUGGAAAGCAGGGUCUUUCGGAACAGUUGGCUUGGGGAAGUUUACAAUUCAUUUGUGAGAGAACUAUCGGAGCCACUUCGUAUUCAACGUCUUCUACCACUUCUCGGCCUCGUCCUACCACAUCUGUCACUAAAUCAGCUGCCACAGUCUAUUCCUCGCCUCCUAAUAUAUUAUUCUGCGAGUUGCAACUGGGCCCUGGACAGUCAAAACAGUUUUUCUGCGAUAUACCGCUUUCCCGAAAUGGAAUCCCGCCAACGUUUCGUGGUCAUUUAGUAAAGUAUUCGAAUCGAGUCACCGUUGCCGUAUCUCAUGUCCAAGAACAUAUCAAAUCAGCACAUUUACCUAUUCGAAUCAUUCCUUCAGUUGGCCUCGAGACGAAAAUGUCUCUACCCGCAAACCCUUUUCUCACGUCCACAAUUACGAGACCAUCUGUGGUUGAGACAGUUAUGGCAACAGUGGAUGACUUGACGCAGGCUAGAAAAUCUCUCGCUUUUGCGCUCACUCAUAAUUCUUCUACUUCUCGUGUCGCUCUUUUGACUCUACCAAAAAAAGCAUACAAGUUAGGCGACGAUGUUUGUGGAUUUCUGGAUUUUAAUGGUGCCACGACUCCGUGUGUACAAUACUCGGCUACAAUUGAAACUGAAGAACAUUUGAUCGAUGCGGACGUGGAAGAAGGGAAAAAGAAAAUGGUGAAAGUACAUUGCCAAACUGCCCCGAUAUGCACUUUUUCGCCGGAUUCAACUUUCCGUCUGAGCAUCCCAUUGACCGCUACACCUACGUUCUCUACAGAUUCCGUGCAAUUGAAAUGGAAAAUUCGAUUUGUUUUUGUUGUCACUGAACAGGCUUAUGAUGUUCAUCUGAACGGCGAUGUUGCCAGUUCUGCUGCACCGAUAGAUGUCCCCGUCGAAUCCUUCUCAUGGUCCACCGAUCUACUCGUUCUUCCAUGUAAACCACAAAAUGCCGCUUUGAUUGACAACACAUUCCCUAAUCGAAUUUCUAUGACCGUUUAA